AUGUUCGGGAGAGGACCUUCGAGGAAGAGCGACAACACCAAGUUCUACGAGAUCCUUGGUGUUCCUAAGACCGCAGCACCUGAAGAUCUUAAGAAAGCUUACAAGAAAGCUGCAAUCAAAAACCAUCCCGACAAGGGUGGAGAUCCCGAGAAGUUCAAAGAGCUAGCUCAGGCUUAUGAAGUUCUAAGUGAUCCAGAGAAGCGUGAGAUCUACGACCAAUAUGGUGAGGACGCACUCAAGGAGGGAAUGGGUAGUGGAGGCGGUGGGCACGACCCAUUCGAUAUCUUCUCGUCCUUCUUUGGUUCAGGCGGAAGCCCAUUCGGAGGUGGUCCUAGCCGGGGAAGGAGGCAGAGGCGUGGUGAGGAUGUUGUUCAUCCCCUGAAGGUGUCCCUAGAGGACCUUUACCUCGGAACAACAAAGAAGCUCUCACUCUCUAGGAAGGCUUUGUGCUCCAAGUGUAACGGGAAGGGUUCAAAGUCCGGAGCUUCAAUGAAAUGUGGUGGUUGUCAGGGAACGGGAAUGAAAGUCUCGAUCAGGCAGUUUGGUCCUGGGAUGAUUCAGCAGAUGCAGCAUGCUUGCCAUGACUGCAAGGGCACAGGAGAGACGAUCAAUGACCGGGACAGGUGUCCACAGUGCAAAGGAGAGAAGGUCGUCUCCGAGAAGAAGGUACUUGAAGUAGCUGUGGAAAAGGGAAUGCAACACAACCAGAAGAUCACAUUCAAUGGACAAGCGGAUGAAGCGCCUGAUACAAUCACUGGAGAUAUAGUGUUCGUCAUUCAGCAGAAGGAGCACCCAAAGUUCAAGCGAAAGGGAGAUGAUCUCUUUGUGGAGCACACCCUCUCUCUAUCCGAGGCUCUCUGUGGCUUCCAGUUUGUUUUGACCCAUUUGGAUACAAGACAGCUUCUCAUCAAAUCCAAUCCCGGGGAGGUCGUGAAGCCUGAUUCCUACAGAGCAAUAAGUGACGAGGGAAUGCCAAUAUACCAAAGGCCGUUCAUGAAGGGUAAGCUGUACAUCCACUUCACUGUGGAGUUCCCGGAGACUCUGAGCCCUGAUCAGACAAAGGCCAUUGAAGCGGUUUUGCCCAAACCGGCAAAGGCAGCUAUGAGCGAUAUGGAAAUAGACGAGUGCGAGGAGACGACACUGCACGAUGUGAACAUUGAGGAUGAGAUGAGAAGGAAGGCUCAAGCUCAAAGAGAGGCUUAUGACGACGAUGACGAAGAAGGCCCAGGCGGUGCUCAGCGUGUCCAAUGUGCCCAGCAGUGA